GCUCAGUACUUUCCGUGUGUCUCUCUCUCUCUCUCUCUCUCUCUCUCUCUCUCUCUCUCACACACUCACUCCCUGCAGCUGAGGUGGGCGUGUGGAGCCUCUGACCCUCUCUCGCCCACUCCCUUUCUCUGUCUCUCCCUCUUUGCUGCAGCUUCAGGGGGCUAUGGAUGGACUGCGUUUACCUCCACUCAUCGAGGAGGCUUUGGACUCUACAGAUGACCUGUGCGAUCUAAAAGCAGAGUGCAGCCCCACCAUGGACAACGAGAUAACAGCAAAGGAGAGAGGCAUCCUGGAGGAGAACAACGAGAAGGAGGAGAUGGACCAGGAGAGAGCUCAGGAGGAGGAGGGGGAAGAGAAGAAGCUGAAGGAGGAGGAAGGCGAAGGGGAGGAGAAGAGGAGGAAGGAGCAAGAGCCGCUGACAGAGGAGCAGGAGCUGGAGGAGCUGAGGGCCCAGGUGCUGCAGCUGCUGCUAGAGCUGGAAGAUGCCAGAGAGACCUCCAACAAACACCAGGAGAGCUUCAGUGAGCUGCAAGGUCUGUUGGAGGAUGAGCGUCUGGCCAGUGCCCAUCAGGCUGAAGCCUUUACACGCCAGAUUCAGAAUCUACAAGCCCAGCUGCGUUCUGUGCAGGAAGAGAUGGACAGCCUGGAGGAGGAGAAGGAGAGCGAGCUGCUCGAGGCCCAAGAGGAGCUGCGUGCGGCUCAGGAGGAGGUGCUCCUGCUUCAACAGGCGGCAGAGGAGGCCGCGGCAGAGAGGGAGAAUGACAUAGCCUCACUGCAGGAGGAGCUGUGCCGCCGUCGGGCUGAGCUGCAGCGCCUCAGCGAGGACACCCAGGAGUAUGAGCUGGAGAUCACCACGCUGAGAGCCGAGAUCAGCAUGAAGAGCCAGCGCCGGGAGGCAGAGAGGAGAGAGGGUGAUGUGGACCUGCUGAAGGAGGAGUGCCGUAUGCUGAAGGAGGAGUGUCAGACCCUGAAGGAAGACAACAGACGACUUUCUGAGAGGCUGCAGCUGCUGCAGAGACAGAGGACAUGCUCCAGUGUCUACCUGUCACUGAAGGAGGAAGAAGCAGGGGAGGGCACAGAGGGGAAAGAUAUGGAGACUGGCCCAGAUGAGGUCAUGACAGAGAGUUACAUGACCAUGGCCCAGUCUGGGAACUGUCGCCUGGUGGACGCCUCCAUCCAGAAGAAUAUUUCAUUUGAUGGGAAGCCCAUGACACCAACCAGCUGGAACGGAGGCAUCGGGGAGGUCUUCUCCCUGAGAGACCAGCUCAAACAGGCAGAAGAGAAGGCCUCGCAGGUUCAGAGAGAGUGUGACGGUCUGAAGAUGGAGCUGCAGGAGCUGCAGGUACUGUAUGACAGCAGUCAGAGGGAGAGAGCAGAGCUGGAGGAGGAGCUGCUGCGCUGCAAGGCAGAGCUGGAGAAGCUGUCAGGGGAGGCUCAGAGAUUCAUCCAUCCAUCUGAGCACCCUGUUCUCUCCAUCCCCUUCAUAGGAAUGAUUGUAAUAGUGGCUGUGAUCUGGUGCUGGUUGUCGGAGUUGGCGUCCCAGAGGGCAAGGGAAGUGAGGUAGGUUGGAACUCCAUUUUGACUAUCACUGCAGCCACAGCAGUGCUACUAAUGAUGACUAGCUUGUUGAGAGCUCUCGUCCGAUGUUGAUUGGAUGGGCAACAACUGCACAGGGACAGACGUCUGCUUCAGACCAGCCCUCGUUCUCUCCUGCCAUGUCUAUAGACUGUACUGGAAUUAAAUGUGAUAGAGCUGACAACUGCGUAGUAGAAAAUGUAUGGAAACUAGUGUCUCCAAUGAAAAGGUACUACAUGCACACACACUCUGAGAAUGAUGUGCUCAGAGUCAUUUGAGAUUGAAGACGGCUGUGAUGAUGAGUUGACCUGCAGAGAGCCCACAUGAAGAUGUGAUCUCGCUCCAAUAAAUGUAUGCUAGUGCUGUGUCCUUCCUCCUCUGUGUCUGUAAAUAUUAUUUUUCUCUUCUUUACCUAACAAUGUGAUAAAAUGAAGGAUUUGAGUAUUAAUGUGCACCAAAUGGUUUUCAAUUUAUUUAAACAUUAUUUAUUUAUUUGUUUGUUUAAAUAUUGUUCAUCGUUGUUUCUGAUAAUAAUGACGAACAAGGAGUCUGCACUGAAAUUACUGAAAUGCAGGCUACAUGUGUGCAUUUACAUGCCCUUUAAAUAAUACCAGGAAGAGCAGUUUGAAUUUUUUUUGUUAUUGAGUUGUUGUUAAUGAGUUGACCACUAAUUACUACUCACAUAUCCCCAAAUACUAAAUGCAAUAAAUGCUAUGUACUGCAAAAUUGCAUUAAAUGUUACGAAAUAGUCAACAUAGCGUUACAAACUAUCAUGCCACUGCCACCCAACAAAAAUCUGAUUUCUUUCCAUUGUAAACACCAAAGCCAUGGUAUUAUAAGGAGAACAGGUUUGGAUAACGAACACCUGCCAUUCUAAGUUCAGCGUUAAAGGCUAAUGUUUAACCUGACAUCACCCCUCAUGGGUGGAGCCAGCUCUUCUUCAGUGUUUUCCAGUUAUGUGCUUUGUUCCAGGCUGUCACUCUGUCUUCAUGGCUCUUUCUUAUGUUUGCCUCUGAAAUCAGACAGUUCCCAUCUUCCCCUUUAAUUAUUGGUUAACCAAGAUGCCACAUAUGCCAUAUAUAUAUAGUAAAUAUAUCUCAGCAACUUAAUUUCUUCAUCAAUUUUGACUUGUGGAGUGGAGAAACCUUUUCCCUCUCCAGCAGGAUUUAAAUGGCUUGGUUUUUCCAAGUGUACUGUUAAUUUAGAUUCUUGUUGAUCGCAGGUUGUUGCGAGAAUGUUGACCGUCAGCAUUCCCUUGUUUACUGACAACAAAAACUGCAGAUCUGAUUAACACCGGUUGACAUCUGGUCACACCUAGACUAAACCACUGAUGCAACUGAAGUUAAAGGUCAAAGUUAGUCAGUUGUAAGGGCAUUUUAGAAAUGGAUAUGGUUCCAAAACAUGUAAAUAGGAAGGUGUCAGAAAUAUUUAGCUUGUUUAAGCAUCAAUUACAAUAAAUAUAUGUAUAUGUGGAAAGACUCCACAGGAUUAUUGUUUACAAUUGUGAAAUGUUUUUUUGUGAAACUAUUUUAGAACUGAAAAAAAGCAUGCUAGAAAACAUAUAGAAGCACAAUAUAUAAUUUAUGUUGAUUCUGUCACUUUGUAUUCCAUGUAAAUAGAUGUGACAUUAGUACUAUGGGAGAGAUAUUUCUUAAAUCCAUUUGUACUAGCUUUCUAGAAAGUUUAUUCUAUUUUGAGAGAACAUCGUAUAUUUGAUAGCCAAAUUAUAUACUAUGUAAAUGUUUAUUUAUGGUGAUGGUAUUCGGAACAACUGCUAGCAACGCUCAUCAUUUUCACUUCCUCUUUGUUCAAAGGUGGUGUAGUCAUUGCAUGCAUUUAGAUUACGUUUGACCUUAGUUGCCAGAAAUAACAAUGUGACACCUGGUUUUUCCAGUUUGUUAGAUUUGAGAAAUGUAUUGAAAUCUUUUCUGAAACAUUUGUCUUUAGAAAAACAGAACCUUGAUAAUGCAGGAACAAUGUUAUUUCUGCAUAUGAACACUAUACUAAGGAAAUAAUGUGCCACUGGACUGCAAAUGUUGUCACUGUCUAUUUAAAAAAUUGUUUCAAAUUAAAUUCCCUUUGACUGCAAUGGUACAAAUGAAUGUUGUCUGAUUCAGAACAUAAUUUUUCAUUAUUUCUGAGUUUACUUCAUGAAUAUAACUUUAUCAUAGUUUCACAAGCUUCUAUCUUGCACAGUGUUUCUCAGCUUGUUGCUUUACAUAUUGAUAGAAUUGUUGUUUUCAAUAUAGUCGUGGCUAUUUUGUUACCUGGAGGUCUAUUUUGUACUGUAAAUGACUUUAGAAAAUAAAUAUACACACCCCA